AUGGUGCCAUACAACGGAGCCCGCACGAAAGUGCAGCUCAAGCUCACCAUUCAAAGAUGCAAGAUGCUUCAAGAAAAGAAGGAGGCUAUGGCGAAACAAGCGCGGCGAGACAUAUCUGCUCUCGUGGAGAAGGGCAAGCUCGAGACGGCCCGAAUCAAGACCGAAGGCAUUAUCUCCGAAGACAUCCAUCUCGAGCUGCUCGAACUCAUGGAGCUGUACGCCGAAACACUCCUCGCGCGAUUCGCCCUACUCGACCAGCCCACCCGAGAACCUGAUCUGAGUAUCAUGCCAGCUUUGACCGCCAUCAUCCAUGCUGCACCACGAACCGAGCUGAAAGAGCUGCACGUGCUCAGGGAGAUGCUCAUGGCCAAGUUUGGACGGGAGUUUGCUCAGGAUGUCAUGGACAACAAGGACUCGUGCGUGCCAGAGAGAGUCAUGAACAAGUUACUGGUGGAAGCACCGGAUGCCAAGCUGGUCGACUUGUACAUCUUCGAGAUCUGCAAAGCGUACGAUGUGCCCUUCUCGUCGCCGCAUUUGCCAGAGACCAAGGUGGAGGAGGAGGAAGAGGAGCAGGUCGAAGAGCAAGUAGGGGAUGCAGAGAAGGUGACCAAUGAUCAAGCAGAUGCAAAAGCGAGCGCAGACAAGAACGCGGCUACAAAGACAACGGCAGUCAAGAAGGAGGGAGCAGCGAGCGAUGCGCCGGAGAAGAAACAAGUAGAUGCGGCGCCACCACGAAAGAAGACGGACAAGGAGGAGUACGAUUCGCUCGAAGCACGCUUUGCUGCGCUCAAACGUAAAUGA